GAACGAACGAACGACCGUUUGCGUUUGUGUGUUGUGAGUUAGCGUUGCCCUCAUCGAUGGUCGCGUGAGGUGUGAAAGAUUUUGAGUCUUCACUGCUUAAGACAGGAGCCAAGUAGUCCAGUGUCCGGUGGAUUAUGUAGAAGAUUCCUCUCCGCGAUUGAAUAUGAUGGAAAUCGUGUGAUUCCUCUUUUACAUAUCGACGAAACCAGGCAUUCAUAACAACCUUGACUCGAGAAUCUCAAACAACAACUACAUGAUGAUAAGACGCAAAUGGCAGCGUGUUGGAAAGACCAGGAAGUUCGUUCAGGUGAUGGAAGUGCCUCCUUGGGAGCAGGAUUUUGCUCACGAUACCAUUCGCAUCAACCCUGAGGAGGAGAAGCUGAAGAGAACGGCCGAGGCGAUCCGACUCAGGCAGGCAGGGUUCGUCAGGAGGACCAAGACGCCCAACCUGGUUAUUAACCAUGAGCUUCUCAAAGGAAAAGUGAUUUACGUCGACAGUCAGCUCGUUAAAAGUGAGCACAAAGAAAAGUUUCUCAAUCGGAAGGAGAUAACAGAAGGCAUCGUGAGUCAGUUAGAGAAAAUGGGAUCAACAAUAAGCAGCUCCUUGACAAAAAAAGUGAAUUACAUUCUCUUUAUGAAUGGGAGGUACAGCACGUAUCAGUUUUCUCAAAAGCAUUCCAUCCCCAUGGUGUCGAGCGGGUGGAUCGAGGAGUGUAAGAAGCAAAACGCCAUCGCCUCCCAUGUCAAAUUCGCGGCCCAUGUUCCUGACAACUUCCGCAACCCUGUAGCACCAAGGAAGUACAAGAGAACUUACACUGUCGAUCAUUUGGAGAUGUUGAGUGAGAAGAGGAAAAAGAGACAGAAGACUGCUGAUGAUUCCAAAAAGCCUACCAACGAAAGAACUGUUAACUCUAAGAAGACUGAAAAGACUGAUGCCAAGAAACCCUUAACCAAAGAAAAAGAGAAGUCCUCCGCGACCAGCGUCCCUAGGAAAAGAGGCAGACCAAAGAAGGAGAGAAAGGAAGAAACAAAGAAAGAGAGAAAGGAAGAGAAAAGAGAAGAGGCUGUCGCUCCUCCGGCAAUGAAAAUCCCAGCACGAAGGCCUCGUACCAGAAGCAUAACCCAGGCAGACGCUGAAUGUGAGAGUCUGCCGCCAUCCGCAUACAGGCCGAUCCCCAAGUAUAUCGCCGUCGCUGGCUUGAACGCUGAGCAGCAUGCCCUGGUGACCAAAGCAGUCGAGACUCUGAAGGCCAGCUACCUCUUCAGCGGUGCGGCCAACGAGAAAGCAACCCAUCUCGUCUGGGGCGGAGGCAGGACCGUCAACCUGCUCAAGGGAAUCGCCUAUGGCUGCAGGAUUGUUUCUUUUAGAUGGAUAGAAGAGUCUAUCAAAAAUGGUGCUUGGUUACCAGUCUGCGAUAAGUUCGUUCCCAAGCAGUACGCUGAGAUUGACUGCGAAAUCCAGCGGCAGCGGAAUCGUUACGGCGCGCUAUUCCGGUGUCAACUGCUGCAGGCGAUGGGCCCGAUCUACGUAAACGCAGGCGUGAAAAGCUGCAAACCUGAAGACAUGAAGACUCUAGUUAGACUGUGCGGCGGCACCCUGGUGCACAACCUGCAGGACGCGAAGCUGGUGCUGGGUCCGCCUCCGGACAAGCUGGUGCUGUCCACCACUACCUACGUGAAGGAGCAGUGGCUCUACGCGGUCAUCUGCAACUACAGAGUGCUGCCUCUCAAGCCGUUCUUCUACGAGCCGAACCAGGCGUGAACCAAAUCGUUAAUAAUUUGUUUUAUCUCCAGAGACAAGAAGUGUUUCGCGAGUGAUCAAGCUGAAAAGUGUGGUAAUCAAAGCAGGCAAUAGUGAAAGUCUAUUCAUUACUUUUAAACGUGGUUUAUUGGAUCUGGUGCUGCACAAUAAAACGGAUGUGGAUUCCGUUCGAUUCAAAGUCAAAAUGAUAUUCACUUAAGAUCCUAUGUACAAAAAUAGAUUUCCGCGUAUUUAUUUAUGCUCCAGAGUCAGUAAAAUAAUAAUUAAUUUAUUGCUGUGAAACUUGUUUUCUGCUAAAUGUUAAAUCGGUUUGAAAAUCUUGUUAUGUUUAAGGAGACUAGACUUGUUUGAGUUUUCACAAAUAAAACUUGGCAAAAUUCCAAACAUCCAA